ACCACCACUUGCACCCAUAAAAUAUCCCCAGCCACCACCGACUCAAAACCCUAAUUUGGGAUCGAGAAGAAAUUUUUGGGGGUAAAUUUUUCUUUUUUCUGAGGAUGAAGAUACAGUGCAACGCUUGCGAGGCGGCGGAGGCGGCGGUGAUGUGCUGCGCCGACGAGGCGGCGCUCUAGGACUGCGACGAGAAAGUGCACGCCGCCAACAAGCUCGCCGGAAAACACCAGCGGGUCCCCUUGAUCUCCGCUGCGUCGCCGCCGCGAGUCCCAAAGUGCGAUAUUUGCCAGGAAGCUUCUGGCUACUUCUUCUGCUUAGAAGAUCGAGCAUUGCUAUGUAGGAACUGCGAUGUCUUCAUACAUACGGCAAAUUCUCUUGUUUCUGCCCACCGAAGAUUUCUGGUGACAGGAGUUCAAGUGGGCCUUGAACCCACUGAAUCACUCCCAUCCUCUGUAAAGGAACCAUCAAGCUCUGCAGGAAGAGCCCCUGAGCCACCUUGUAGAUCACUACCCAAUGGAAAUCCCUCUGUGCAAUUUUCUGCUCAAGCUAAUCAAGCAUUUUCCACCCAAACAAGCAAAGAUGAGUAUCUCGGUCCAUCGAAGGCAUCAUAUUCUGGAGUUAACAUGGUUGGAAGUUUGCUGGAUUGGUCUGUGGACGACUUAUUUAGAUUUUCCGAGUUCAACCAGAGCUAUGGUAUCCCGGAGAACGGUUCAUCUAAGGCGGACAGUGGCAAGCUUGGGAGUUCUCAGGGCUCACCACCAUUCCCUGCCGAUCGAAAUGUUGAUUUUGACGAAUGCUUGGGCCAAGUGCCGGAGAUUUCAUACAAUGAAGUACCCGAGAUUCCAUCGCCACCCACAGCUUCAGGGCUCCAUUGGCAGAGAAACCUACAUUAUAAUGGAGCCGAUCAUACUGCUUUUGUGCCUGAUAUAUGUCCUGCUAAUCUUUAUGGAUAUCAGGGUAAUCUCAAGCGUCGCAGGCAAUUCUAGAGUACGAAUAUAGCUUGUAUGCUCUAACGCGAUACAAAGCUUGCAGACUCACCAAUGUCACCCAAGGACAAUAUUUGCCAAAAUUUCACUCGGUGAAAGAGUCAAAAAAAAAGUUAACCCAAGAGCUCUAUCUAAAAAACAGAGAGUAUAGGCGUCGUUUGUUCAAAACAAGGAUACUAAAGGGGUCUAUGCGCAAUUAACCCUUGUAGGUUUGCUAGCACUUUUGGUAUCCACUCGGAUUAACUGCUGAGUUGGGCGACUCUCCCUGAUCGUAUAUCGAGCUUUCCCUGAGCUGUUGUAUACUUGUUUGCGUUGUUGUAAUGUUGAACAAACUUCUGUUAUCUUCGCCCGUGUCAAGUUCUUUGGUCCAGAAAAGAUUUCAACGGUUUUACUGUUUGAUGUGGUGGAGAAGUUAAGUCGUACAUAGAUGUGUGGGUGUUGGGAGUU